AUGCUGGACAUUAACACAGACAGCUGGGAGAUAGUCGCUGAUGGCCGUGACCUCUGGAAGCUGACUAUUUGGAAAGGCUUUGGAAGAGAUUCACCAGCAGCUAUCCUGCCAAACUCUUCGAGCUCAUCUCUCAUUUUCCUCAACUCCAACGAUAUUAGCCCAUUCUGCUCGGAGCUGUUUUGGUUCUGUUUUGAGAAUCCGGUUUCCCCCGGCGCCGCUCCCAGUGAACCAAGCGAUCAAAGAGUAGCUGCUGCAGGAUUGCGCAGGGGCACUUUCAGUUUCUCAUUCCCUCGCCGGAGGCUUCAGAAGAAAAGUUCUUCCCUUCUCAGCCUGAGCCUUCCAAUCACCCGAAACUUGAGUGAAACUGAACGGCUGAUACAUUGUAGCCGAUCAGAGGGGGAAGACACGGAUACAUUUCAGGAAAUUGACACAUUGUAUCCCUGGGGAAUCCCUUUCGCCUCCAGCGACAUGGGCAGCGGCGGAAAGGAAGAAGUUUACCAAAACUUCCUGGCUUUCUACCAGAAGGAUUUCGUCUCUGGCAACCUGUCCCCCUGCAGCGGGGAGGAGCAGCUCCGCCAGGGCAAGGACUUUCUGGAUUCCCUGUCCACUUCGUGCCAGCGGUUUCUGCUCCUGGAUUUCUACCGCCUCGCCCAGGACUUUGUCGGAGGCCGGUGCGAGCAGGAGGGCAGGCAGCGUUUCCGGACUCUCAGCAAAGCCUUCGAGGUGCUGGAACUGAUUUCCGUCAGCCUGUACCUGUGGCCCUGGCGGAAGGAGAUCAAGUCAAUCAAGACUUUCACAGGAGCCUUUGUCUACUUCAUCCAACCCGUGUUUCCUCCUGAUGUUCUACAAGGGAUUUUGGAAAAGAUGGGGUACACUCGAAAAGGAACCAGUGAAUAUGUGAUGUCAAAACAGAUUAACAAAGAGGAAAUUGGCCAACUUGGGUUUGAAUUUUUCUUGGCCAGGGCCGAGUGUGAACUGAUGCAGGAAGCCCUGGACCAGGCAAUGCACAGUAGCUGUCAGGAUGUUGUGCAGAUGAGGUCUAGUAUGUCUUUUAACCAGGCCGACUGCAUCAAAUACUUGAAAGUCAUAGAAACUGGAUCUGGAAGGCUAGGUGAAGAGACCACUCUGGGAAAUGAGGGAGCCUCAAAAUUGGGCCUGCGUUCCGAGGAAGAUACUGCCAAAUCUGAGUUGCCCGAUAUGUCCAUGCCGAUCACUGCCAACCAUGAAGGAACCCUCGGACUGCGGGUAGAAGCACUGGAUAGAGAGUCUGAUGCCACAGAUGAUCCAUUGUCCACCUCCAUGAGGUUACCGCCAGACAGCCUUGACCUGUACCGUGAAUACACCGACAUUACCAUCAGCGCCAACUUAAGAUACCCAGAAGCUCAGAAGCUGGGUGAAGCUGUCAGUCCAGACAGGAAACUGGAGCAGUGUGAUUCUUUGUUCCACCUGGAUGAGUCACUGAUGCCAAAGGCUCGAGCUGAAUCUCUCAUCAAACUGUCUCCAAGUCAAACUGGACCUCUCUCCUUGAGUCCCUUCACUGCGACUUCAUCAGAGAGUAAGAAUCUGAAGAACAAAGACAGGGCACCUUUCAAUACCAUGGACCCGAAAUGCUCACUGAAACACAGUGUGCUAGAUACUACCAGCCAGAGAGAUCCAGAGGACAAGAGGGCUGGCAAAAGCUAUCAGAACGUCGACAGCAGUUCACCUAUGAAGUAUCGGAAUUUCCUGAAUGGAAAUGUCAACAACCAGAAAAAGGAUAACGUAGAAAUUGAGCUGAGCUAUUUAAGUAAGGAGAAACUGCCAUAUCCAAUAGCCGAGACAGCCGGGCCAGAUUCCUCCCACCAAGUUAACCACUUCCGAGCCUUAGGGUCUCAGUGUGUGGGAUUAAGGCACCCUGAACCAACAGGAGCAAAACCUCAUCGACAGAGCCAGACAGCCCUCCAGGUUACAGCUUGUCGGACCCCCAACAUUCCCGAGUGCUGUGUGUGCACCCCAACAGAGCUUCUCGGGGUGAGCCUGCUGUUGGAUGACUCCGAGCUCACAGACAAUACACCACCAGAUGGCGGCGACCAGAUUGUCCGUGAACCACCCCAGUCUUUCUACAUCCCACCCAGCAGCUUGGACAGUAGGCCCUCCCCAGCCAUGUCUUGUGAUAUCUGUGGGUCUCCGAUUUGUCCUAACUGCAGCUCUAAGCUCUCUGCAGGUCAGUGCCAGGUCCUGUCCAGGGAUUGCCUUCAAAUCCAGGAACUCGUGGUUGGAGAAAGCACUGACCCUUAUCUCUAUGUGAGCAAGAGUGUCAACCUUGAUGAUGACAAGUCCACGAGAUGUAAUCACUGCAAGGAAGAGGAAGACCUUUAAAUUCUGCCCUUCGAUGGGGGCAUCUUUGGUGUUUGAGCCAACAACUGAGCCAAGCUGACUGGCCAAGUCCCAGAGUGUGCCAAGUCAGCUAACUACAACCUGCUUGAUUGCCAAGAUGCUACCAUUGACCCCCAGGGUAUGGAAGGGAAAACUGACCAGGUUUCCUCCUCCUGCCCCCUGAAAUGAAGGGUCUUUGGAAAGUGCCUGCAUAUGGUUAUCGAUUGUAGCCCACUAGAGGCAAAUUGCCUUCUGUCUGGACUUGCACAAAAAGAAUGGCUAUUUGAUUGAUGUUCUAAGGGUAUCUGUGAACCCCAGCAAGAGUCUUCCCUUCAGGAGAUAUGGGGAGACAACAAACUGAUCCAAAUAUGAAAGCCAAUUACUAUUGAAUAGUUCAGUGAGUGGACCUCUCCUUUAUGUCCAUUUCUGCCAGAGGUUCUUUGCCUCAACGAUAUCUUCAAUUUAUGUUAAGGAGACAACCUUUGUUUUUAUUGAGAAACCCAGAGCAAAGAUAGCAUCCAUGUUGAAGGGAGAGGGUGAGUUACAUGAAGAAACUGCUGGUGAGUGAGGAAGAUUAACCUUUUGUUUUUAGUUGGUCCUUGGGAUGUGGACAUUUCUGGUGAGGCCGACAUUUAUUCCCCAUCCCUAGAUUCCCCUGAGAGGGUGGUGCUGGUGAACUGCCUUCUUCUAGAGUAGCAAUGUAAUGUAAUUCAGCGCCUUGCUCAGCCACUUCAGGGGGGCUGUUAAGAUUCAACUAUGUUGAUGUGGAACUGGAGUCACCUAUAGGCCCCAACAGCAGGUUUCCUCCCCUAAAGGACAUGACUGAACUGGUUAGGGUUAUACAAUAAACCAACAGCUUCAUGGUCUCUUUUGCUGAAAAUGACUUUUUAUUUCGAGACAUUUAUUUAAAAAUGCACCAACCAACACUUCUCAAAUUGCCAAAUGGGGAUUUGGGCUUACCUUCUCUAGACUACAAGCCCAGUAACCAAGCACAUGACCAAUGAAGAUGGAUAAUGGAUCACUCAUGACAACAAAUUUGUUUUCAUCAUCUAAAUUAAUGCCCCUGUUUAGUAAAUAUGGUUAGAUUCAUACCUAGCACAAAGAAAGAUGGUUGUGUUGGUUCAAGAUCAAUCGUCUCAGUCCCAGGACAUUGCUACAGGAGUUCCUCAGGGUGGUGUCCUAGGUCCAACCACCUUCAGCUGCUUCAUCAGUGAUGUUCCUUCCAUUAGUUACCAUGGACCAAAAACUAUUUAAAUCCUCUGCCUACAAGAGCAGGUCAGAGGCUAAGAAUCCUGCAGUGAGUAACUCACCUCCUGACUCCCCAAAGCCUGUCCACCAUCUACAAGGCACAAGUCAGGAGUGUGAUGGAAUACUCUCCACUUGCCUGGAUGAGUGCAGCUCCAACAACGCUUGAAGCUUGACAACAUCCAGAAAAAAAAAGUCCACUUGAUCAGCCCCCCAUUCACCACCUUAAAUUCCCUCCAUCGUCGACACACAGUGGCAGCAGUGUGUACCAUCUACAAGAUGCGCUGCAGCAACUCACUAAGGCUCCUUUGACAGCACCUUCCAAAUCUGCAACCUCGACCACCUAGAAGGCCAAGGGCAGCAGAUACAUGGGAUACCAGCACCACCUCCAAGUCAGAAAUCAUCAUGGCUGUGAGUGUACCUGCACCAGACUUUAAUUACUCAUCAUGUGCACUGAGAGUCAGAAGUGACCAGCUCCGACCCUGCCUCAAACCUCACUGCAACUAAACACCCUCACGUAAGCUCCCGGUCGCUUCCCAACUCUCUGUCUAAAAUAUGGCCCUCGCUGGCUUCCUGUGCUCCAUAUGAUGUUCAAACCCCAACUCAUUCAAAACUUUACUGCUAUGUCUUAUCCCAUGAAAACUGGGCCCUCAACUCCUCCCUCCCCUAAGGAGCACUGUGUGCAAUUUUUGUUUUUGAUUAUUUAUUUUCACUGUAUUUUACUGUUUAAAUAUUUAAGCCGUCAUUUUGGUUCCAGGACCUGCCCCUCCUGUAAAUAUUAGUAUUGUUGCCCUCUGCGGGGAAACAGGCUGUUUUUCUUUUCCCCACCACCCCCCUUCUGUCCUGACCCCCGCCCCCACUCCCACUAUGGUUCAGUUUGAGGUCCCUGACAUUUUACUAAACAAUGAUACUAAAUGCCACCUAUUUGAAUGCAUACAAUCAGGAAAAGGCAUUGAAUCUUACAGCAGGGAUGAAGGCCAUUCAGCCUACUCUGCCUGUGGUGGAUUUUUGAUAGGGCUAAUCAGUUAGUCCCGCUGCCUUGCUCUUUCCUCGUAACUCUGUGAAUGUUCUUCUCUUCAAAUAUUUAUCCAACUCCCUUUGGUAAGUUACCAUUGAAUCUGCUUCCAUCGACCUUUCAAGCAGCACAUUCCAGAUCACAACUCACUCUUAAUUUCCUCAUCUCCCCUUUAAUCACCUUCAAUCUGUUUCCUCUGGUUACUGACCCUCCUGCCAAUGGAAACAGUUUUGCCUUAUUUACUGUAUCAAGACUGUUUAUGACUUUUAAAAUUUCUGUCAAAUCUCCUCUUAACCUUCUCUGUUCUGAAGAGAAUAAUCCCAGAUCCCCCCAGUGUCUAUGUAAUUGAAGUCCCUCAUUGUUGGGAACCAUUCUGGUAAACCUCACCUGCACCCUGUCAAUAAUUUGUACCAAAAAAGAAUGGAGUUGUUAUGGGACACAGUAUGUGAAUAAUUUGAGACAUGGCAUGGUGAGUGUAGCACGCUCAGGAGGAACAGAUGAUCUUGGACUUGAGAUUCUCCGUCACUGGGGGUUUUCCUCCAUGUCCUUGCCCCACUCACUACAAUCGCAACCAUAUUUUGUCCUCUUUGGUCUUGUUUAACUCCAGUCGACUGUACAUUUCUUCAACUCCCUUCCCUAAUUUCCACGUUGGUAUCAGACCCCUCACUCUUGUCCCACAUCCUGGAAUUCCUUCCCUAAACACUCGAAGAGGCAUUAAACAGGCCUCAUCUGCCCCUCUCAGAGAUCACACAGCCACUAUUUUGAAGAAGAGUUGGGCUGUUCUCCCCAGUGUCCUGGCCAAUAUUUGUCCUUCUAUAGACAUCAAUAAGGAACUGAUUAUCUGGCCAUUUUCAUGUUGCUGUUAGUUGGAGCUUGCUGCGUGCAAAUUGGCUGUUUCCUAUAUCACAACAGUAAACACUUCUGAAAGUGUUUCAUUGGCUAUGAGGCACUUUGGGAGGUGCUAAUGUUGUUAAAAAAUGCUGUGUAUAUGCAACUCUUUGUUUCCUGUGUCAAGCUGACAGCUUCCAGAUGCAGGAUUCACUUGUGAAGAUGGGGAGGGGUCAGUGUGCAGGUAAGCGACUGUCUCCCUCACCACCACCGCCCCCCCCCCCCAGCUCAUUGCCUCUGCCUCACUGUGUGAACAAGGGACAGGGGCAGAAAUUAACAGCUAACCCUUUCCUAAUUCUCCACACACUGGAUUGAUCCUGGGAGAACUAACAAUUGAAACUUGGGACAGAGAUAGCCAACUUCUCGAGGCCAUCUUAUUAAACAAGGUUAUGGGUAGACAUCAUUUUCCAGAAGUACACACGCACACACCUCCCACCUUUUAAAUGUUCUGCCCAAUCAGGCCUUGAACUGACAGGAUACAAUCUGUAGCAAGUUUACGAAUGCAGACCCUCUGCUGCACAAUUGGUUUGUCUUUUUUUUUAAAUGGGUGUGUCUUCAACCAUUUCAUAUGUUUGUCCAAAAUUGCAGUUCACUUUUUGUGAAUUUGUCACCUGGUUGUCAGUCCAGGUGCCAGCUUGAGGUAGUCUGUAGAUUACAUACUAAUGGUGUGUUCACAUGUAUGUAAACCAUCUCAAGGGACUGAAUUCUGCUGAAAUGCCCUGUGUGUUUGUAAUGUUCAUUUUGUUCACUAAAGCUCAAUAAAUAUUACACAGCGAUUCUCA